AUGAAUCGAUUUGAAAAAGAGUUGACACCGUCUGAUGUCAAUCAAAGAUUAGCAGUGACGAAGGGCAUGCUUGAAUUCCUGCCCCAAAUAGAUCCAGAGCAUGAUGUCCCAAUCAGAGUCUUAGACGAAACGGGUAAGGUCUAUGUGUUCUAUUUAUCUGGUAGACAGGGCAGGAACAAAAAACCAGUUUUCCAGGCAAAACAAUGGAGAGUCUUUGUCAAGGAGAGAGGCAUUGCUGCUGGCGAUGUCAUGUAUUUCUGGCAGGAGGAUAAUGCAUUUUAUCAGACACAGUACAAAAUUGCACUGCUCAAACCGCUUUUUCCCUAG